GCCAUUACACACCACCCCAUUGGCCACCUACGCUCGUGCUACAAGACGCGCAAUGGUACGCCUCGACAGGGCGUGUGUGUUGCAUUAGCACGCUCGGUGCUGCAGAUACCAAAUAGUAUCAUCAAUGCAGAGGUAAACAUAUACACCCAUACGGAGUAG